CAGCCAUUCAUUGUUUUGGCCCAAGACUACUUUGGAAAACACGCCUGAGCAAUCGCCAGCAAGCAUCGCGUAUCCACCCAGCUUAGAUAUUCCUACCUGCAUGCGCCCAGUCCGUGUGAGAGCGCUGAUGCACACAAAUCAUGGCGCCGCUUGAACAGCAAUGGGUCAAGGUCCAGCAGAAGACAUUCACCAAGUGGCUGAACAGCAAGCUCAAGAUCCGCGAAGUACAGAUUAACGACCUGAUCAUAGACCUCUCUGACGGUAUCAUACUCAUACACCUCCUUGAGAUUCUCAGUAACGAGUCCCUCGGCCGCUAUGCCUCCCGACCCAAGCUGCGGGUGCAGAAGUUUGAGAACGUCAACAAGUCGCUCGACUUCAUCCGAAGCAGGAGGAUCCAGCUUACCAAUACCGGUGCCGAGGACGUCGUCGAUGGUAACAGCAAGAUCAUCCUGGGUCUGAUAUGGACCCUCAUUCUGCGAUUCACCAUCAGCGACAUCAACGAGGAGGGUCUCAGUGCGAAGGAGGGUCUGCUGCUGUGGUGUCAGAGGAAGACGGCCUGCUACGAUGAAGUCGAAGUUCGCGACUUCUCCACCAGCUGGAACGAUGGACUUGCAUUCUGUGCCUUGCUCGAUAUCCACCGUCCCGAUCUCAUCGACUACGACAGCCUAGACAAGAGUGACCACCGCGGCAACAUGCAGCUUGCAUUCGACAUUGCUUCAAAAGAGAUUGGUAUUCCCGACCUCCUCGAUGUGGAGGAUGUGUGCGACGUAGCGAAGCCCGAUGAGCGUUCGCUCAUGACAUACAUUGCCUACUGGUUCCACGCCUUCUCGCAGAUGGAGCGCGUAGAGAACGCCGGCCGAAGAGUCGAGAAGUUUGUGGCAAACAUGCAGGGAGCGUGGCAGAUGCAGAACGACUUCGAGCGACGCAUGCGCGAGCUGCUGGACCAAAUCGCCAAGCAGCGCACACAAUGGGAGGACGCCAAGUUCGACGGAACAUACGCAGAUGCUAGGAACCAGUCAACCGAGUUCACAGCGUGGAAGCGCAAGAGCAAACGAACAUGGGUAGCUGAGAAGUCUGAUCUAGUAGGCCUAUUGGGAAACAUCAGGACGAAGCUAGCAACAUAUCGGUUGCGACCCUAUGACCCACCUGCAGAGCUGAGUCUCGAAGCACUAGACACAGCAUGGACAGGCUUGAUGAAGGCCGAGCGGCAACGUUCCCAAAUCAUCAACGAGACAAUCAGAGACAUCAAGAACGCUCUACGAAAAUCCUUCGCCGACAAAGCAAACGACUUCGCUUUGGCCCUCAACACACUCUCUACAUCGAUAUCAGCGUUGGAAGGCGAUGUUGAGGACCAGUUGGAGCAUACCAAGGAAAUCAGCAAGUCGCUUGCGCCUUUGGACGAAUACCUCAACCUCAUAGCAUCUAUCGAUGAGCAAUGCGCCGAAGCGAAUAUUGAGGAGAACGACUUCACAACGUACACAUACGAUGAGCUAGAAUACGAACUGGGUUUGGUCCGCAACUCCGUAUCAAAGAAACUUGCCUUCCUGGAAAACCAAAUGGUUGCGCGUAACAUGACCAACUUGACUCCCAUACAACUGGAAGAGUUUGAAUCAGUCUUCAGGCAUUUCGACCGCGAUGUAUCCAACUCGCUGGCCGAACUGGAAUUCUCGGCCGCUUUGGCAAGUUUGGGCUUGGUCUACGACGAAGCAGAGAUGCAUGAAAGAUUCCGCGAAACCAGUGGGGGUAAAGACUAUGUCACCUUCGAGCAGUUUAUUCGUUUCAUGGUAGAUGAAACAGAGGACCAAAACACCGCGGAGCAGGUGUUCGAGUCUUUCAGAGAGGUCGCUGAUGGCAAGCCAUACGUCACAGAACUCGAUCUUCGACAUUCACUCGUUCCGGACGAAGUAAUCGACGACCUAAUCGCCACCAUGCCUGAGCACCAAGGUCCAGAUAUGCAGGAAGACCGCGACAUUCCCAAAUUUGACUACAUUACCUACAUGCAGCGGUACAUGGGCGCUGACCGUGCAAACGGCAAUGUUGUCGAAGAAGUGAACGGCGAGUAGAACUCGACCAAUCUCGAGCAUAGGGUUCUUCUCACCCCAGCGUUUGUAUAGCGUUUGAAGAACGAAGAGUCUGGAAAAUUGCAUGGAUUGGAUGUUGAGUUUAGCGUUAUAUCGUUCGGUUUUUGCAUAGUGGCCGUUUUGGAGUCACUCCGUCGUUGGAUAUUGAGUACAAUCAGGAAGGGGGGGAAUUGGAAGGCUCUUUGGAGUAAGGCGCGCUUGCAUGUUCGACGUUGGAUACCACACAGAUAGGAAGAAUUAUUGAACUUAGUCAUAAUCACUUGGUUGG